ACAACAAACAGUCCGUUUUAGUGUUGAUGGUCAAACCGGAAGUGUGUUUUCGGAGCUGACUGGAGAGUCAGCUGUAGUUAUUGACGUGGAUCAUAAUAAUGCAGUAACCCAGGUGGAACCGGGUCAAACCGGGGGUUACCGGGGUAACAGACAUGGAGGCGUUCAGUAAGCUAACCAGCAUGUUGCUGCACGCGUUGGAGACGAGGGAGCCCACAGUGGACCUGCUGGACUCGUUUAUUGAUCAUUGGAAAUCAGUAACUAAUUACUACAUAAAGACGACAGACGAGAAUCUUCCUGUCAAACAGACAGACAUCCCAUGGCAUCUCAAACAGAUGCUGGACAUCCUUCUGUAUGAGGACAAACAUCAGGCUGUGGAGGACACCGGGCCCUGUUUAGAGUAUCUGCUGCAGCACAAACUGCUGGAGACAAUGUGCACGCUGGGAAAGGCUCAGUAUCCUCCAGGAAUGUGUCAGCAGGUUCUGAUCUUCUUCUCAAAGCUGCUUUCUGAGAUGCAGAAACCUCUGCUGCAGCUGGUCAACGUCUACAGACCUGUACAGAAGCUGAUCCGCCUGUGUGCACUUCCUGGUUCCCAGACUGAGAAGGAGGAAGCUCAGUUCCUAUUGGUCCUCUGCUCCGGGGUCAAACAGGAUCCGGAUACACUCAGAUACGUCUUACAGCUGAUAGACCAGUUGCCAGCUUCCAGCCAAUCACAGCCCAGCAUGAACGCUUCCAGGCACAAGACAGAUUCACAGCCACCCUGCAGCCAGUCAGAUCCAUCUGCCUCCAGCCUUGUCCAGUUAGAUUCAUCUGCCACUGACCUCGUCCAAUCAGACAGCGGCCUUCUGUGGGCGCUUCUGCAACUCACUAGGAGUCAGAGGCGCUUUGUCAGCCUGAAGGCCCACGAGAGCCUCCUUCUGCUGUCUGGUCUACAGGGCGGGUCCCCGGGGGAGCUGCUGAGCACCUGCACCCAGCUGGGAGAGCUUCUGGCUGGGAGACUCCGGGAGCUGUACUCCCUGCUGCCGGUGGAGGAGGCGGAUGCUGCAGUGCUGCAGAGCUGGCCUUACACACCCUGGAGAGCUGAUCUCAGAACAGAGGUCCCUGAUCACAUGACCGACUUCUUCGCCUGGUUCAACUUCCUGGAUCAGCUGACCAGAGAGGCUCCUCAAGUGUUGGCAGUGAAGGUGUCUCAGUGUGUCCUCCAACUGUGGCUGAUGGAGACUCUUCUUCCUCAGCUGCAGCACACGUCUGAGCAGGUGGUCCUGGUCUCCACCUCUGUCCUCUGUGCUGCCAUCAGACUGCUGCAGUCCCCGUCUCUGCUGGAUCACCUGGUCCACUUCCUGCUGAGGACGCCGACUCUGACGCACCUGCUGCUGCAGCGAUGCGACCACAUCUCUGACCAGAUCAGCAUGACGUCUCUGUCUCUGGUGGACGAGCUGCUGCAGAAGCCUCACAGGGACAUUCUGGACGUCCUGGUGCUGAACUUCCUGCUGAGCCGGAGUUACCUGUCCCCACCUGCUGCAGGACAGGAGGACAGACCACCUGAUGGCAGCGAGGACAGCGAAGAUUUGGAGGAGGACCCCUUCUUCUCUGACAGCUUUUCUGACACACACCUCCUCCCUCCUCCUCUUCCUCCAUCCUCUUCUCCUCCUGCUGGACUGGGAUCAGCUGCUGAUGUCGUCAACAGUUUCUUGUGUCUGGUUCCAGUUCAGGUCCGUUCAGCUCAGCUGUUACAGGAAGGAGGCUACGAGUCCUACAUUCAUGAUGCACACACACUGGUGACCCAGUGCCAGGCCUUCUCUCUGUCUUGGGAUUGGCCACAGAGUCUUCCUUCUCCGACCUUGUCCUCAGGUGAGGAGGCGGACUUCUUUGAAGGCGAGCUGCUGAAAGUUCUCUUUGACCGCCUGGGGCGUAUCUUGGAGCAGCCAUAUGAGUUGAACCUGCAGCUGACAGCGGUUUUGUCCAGACUGUCUGCCUUCAGCCACCCAAUGCUGCACGAGUACCUGCUGAACCCGUACAUCCACCUGUCCCCUUGCGCCAGGUCGCUGUUCAGCGUCCUCAUCAGGGUGAUGGGAGAGUUGAUGCAGAGGAUCCAGCAGGUGUCCGACCUGCCAGACAGACUGUUGAAGAUCAGGAGAGACCUGCUGGGAUUGAAUCAUCACACUGGACUGGAACACCUGACCCUUCUCAGAGGCAUCAUCGUCCUGGAAGAGUUCUGCAAGGAGCUUGCUGCUAUUGCCUUUGUCAAAAUGCCGCUGGAGCCACACUCACCCGGACCAGAACCGAGUCGUACGGAUUAGGUGAACCUGGAUGAACUCAACUAGAAUUUUAAACUGGUACCACUGAGCACACCUUGGUCUUAUGACAGCAGGUACACCCUCAGAAGCAGCAGCACGUCCAAGUAAUCUGCAACCUGAGUGUUUUUAAAAACAUUUUAGAAAAGCAUGGAUUCAUGAAGCCCCGCCCACUCAGCCUGCAGCCAGUCACACGCCUUCUGCUGACCAGUAAACAAAGAAUGCUGCAGGCCACCUGUCUGGGUUUGGCCAAUCAGGCACCGUUUGACUGUCUUUGAUCAAACAGGGGGGACUGAAACCAGAACCUGAAACCUCCAGAACCCUGGUCCUGGUCCUGGUCCAGGUCCUGGUUCGUGAUGCUCUGCAUUGCUACCAGCAGGACAAACAUUGUGCCUUCAGACUUUAUUUUACUGUGAAUGUUUAUUUAUUCAGAUGUAUUUUAAUACACAGAGAGGUAAUGUAAUUAUGAUGUCACACCUGUUGUAACUUCACAACAAAACCAACAACUCGGAUGGAUUUUUCUUCCUGUUGUGUCCAGCAACAUGUAAACAACAAUAAAAACAAAAGAUUUU